GGUAUAGUAAUUGUGACUUAUUCACACUAUAUACAUUUGGCUUCCGCAACAUGGAAGUGUUAAAAGAGUUUGUCUACUUUUCCAAUUAUUUUUUGCGGUGGUUGAUUCGAGACUUCCCAUGACUUAGAACAUAGUUUCUAUCUUAGCUUCCAAAGUUAAGAGAUUGGAAGCUGCACGUAAAUUUAAAGAUGCAGUGAGUUCUUUCUCUAUAAACUUGAGGGGUUUAGCUGAAAAAUGCAGCGAGUUCUUCUCCUACUUUUGCAAUUGCGAUGGUUGAUUCGAGACUUUCCAUGACUUGAACCUAGUUUGUACACACACACUUCCAUCUAGUUGGGUAAAUAAAAAGAUCGAGAUAGAGUGAAGAAUACCAAACAUCCCGAUUCCAGUCGGUAAUACAUUUUAAAGGUACUAUCCGUUACUAGUAAUCAGUAGCUGCAGCAUCAGUGAAAAAAUCUAGUGAAGCCUAUGAGACUCUUUCACUAAUCGCCACGUGGCGGACAUGCAACCAAAAGCUUAUGUUAUUUUCACAAGGCACGUUUGGUCCUUUCGAUACUCUUAAGAAAUACAGUACUUCUUCCUGGCGGCGUUUCAGAUGUUUUGUCAAUUUACUUUUGGGUACUUCGAUGGAACGCGUGAUGUGUUUUGCAUGAGCAUUGGUGCCGUCUCCCUUAAACUUUUCAAUGCUUUGGAACAAAACCAAGAUUGGGAGCCCCCAACUCUUUCACCAUGCUUCCCUUUUUCAUUAUUGGAAAUAAAAUGAAGUCAUUAUAAACAUUGAUUUUCUUUUCUUAUAACACAAUCAUAAAAAUGCUGUGUAGUAAAUUUCACUUGACUCUCUUAAUCUUUUGAAUUUAGUUGCAAGCUAAGUAAUAUCUCCUUUUAAAUGGUAAAGUGAACCUCUAGGAUCUGAAAGUAACUGCUAAAAAUAAAUUGAUCAUUGUAUGUAUAUUCAAACGUAAAAACCGACAUACUUUGAAAUGGUUUGAAGCCCUUUUUUUUUUCUUUCCCGAUUAUAGCAUUUGCCUCAGAAAUCUUAAGAAAGUGUUUCAUCCAAUUUUAUUUGAACUUUUUGCAAAAAACUGUUUUUCAACUAAUCACCAGAAAGGGAAGAUCUCCAAUUGAAAAAAACAGAAAAACUUAUUCUUUUUGGUGUUUGAUUGAAAGUUUUUCUAAUAAAAUUUUGAAAAAGUUUCUGAAACAAAAUUUACAACUUAUGACAAAGCUGUAUUACGGAAAUCAAGUCCCAAAAGAAGAUUUGGAGAGAUGAAUGUGUUUAGUCAACCCUCAACAAAAAAGGAAAAGGUCAAUAACUAUAGUGAUAGAAUGAAACAGAAGAAAUAUAGGAAAAGAAUAAUAAAUACACACCCUUCUGCUUCUCUCUCUCUCCUCCCCGGGAAAUGACAACUGAGCCUCAUGCAAUGGGAAUGCGCCUCUCUUCAUUCAACCUUUUUGCUUCCCAAUUACUCAUUUUCUUUCCUCUAUCAAAACUCUCUCUUUUCACUUUCAGUUUCUGUUCUUUCUCUAAUGGCUUCUUCGCAGAACCGUACCCUCACAGCUCUUGUCAUUUUCCAAAACUUCUUGUAUCCUGUGAUGUUUAGGUCGGUGCAUGUAUACCGAACAGAAGGAGGAAAAGAAGAAAUGGAAGAGAGGGAGUAUUUGUUUCAUGAAACCAGUAACUUUGAGGAAACUGGGUUUGCUCCAGUUAUCACAUUGCACAAAUUUGAUGUCUCUGCUCAGUUUGUGAGGAUUGAAAAUGGUGUAUGGAAAUGCAUGUUUGUGUAUGACUCGGGACGCCAUCAAUCCACCAGUACUAAUGCUAGUCCUGACUGGCUUUCGUUUGCUGAAAACCCUAAGAUGGAUUUUAUACCAACAUUAGCCAAUGAUCUGCGUGCUAUAUCUGAGUUAGCACUAAAUGUCGAAUUCAGGGAUUCAUCGGGAAGGUCAAGCACUGAGGAAAGUGGAAGUAACAAUAGUAAAAGCAAUCAGCCAGACGUGAAACGCUGCGUGCCCUUUCUGGAUCUUAACUCUCUCCCUUAUUCAGACUCGGACAUUGAAGAAAAUGACCAAAAUGUGUCAGAGAACAAGAAACGGAGGGCGGGAACCAAAGACAUAGCAAGACUCGCUUUGGAAGAUCUUUCCAAGUACUUUGACCUUCCAAUUGUGGAGGCUUCAAAAAGUUUGAAGGUUGGACUUACAGUACUCAAAAAGAAAUGCAGAGAGUUCGGCAUCCCUCGAUGGCCACAUAGGAAGAUCAAGUCUCUAGACAGUCUCAUACAUGAUCUCCAGGAAGAGAUGCAACGACAACAGGAGGAAGACGAGUUAGCAGCUAUCGCAGUGGAAAAGAGAAAAAGAAUGAUAGAAUAUGAAAGAGAAAGCAUAGAAAAGAAGCCUUUCAUGGACAUACAGAAGGAAACUAAAAAGUUUAGACAAGAUAUCUUCAAGAGAAGAUAUAAAGCGAGAGUUCUUGAGAACCAAUGUCGAACGUUACCACUGUUCUAGUGUAUCGAACAUUAGAUAGUUAAAGGAGCAUCGGAGAAAAUGUAAGUAUACAUUAGCUAGCUAGCCUUUUCCCAGAGAUGUCAAUCCUUCCCAUCAUUUUCCACUUCCCUGGUGGCGCAUUUUUGUUAUUCUUCAACUCAGCGUCCUGUUCUGAGGGUGUUUAAGUGAACAGCUUGAUCAAGUUAUUCAUAGGACAAUCUGUGAUUUGUUGUUUAACUGAUGGUUUUGUUGCCGCAAACUACGCUUAAUUGACUAACUGUUGAUGCCUUAUUUUGUUGUCAAUUCAGCAUAAAAUUUAACACUGUUGGGAGCAAGGAGGUUGAUUGUUUUGA